GGUUCGUGUAGUUGGGUUUUUUUUUUUGUUGAAGUCGUGAAAGAGAGGGAGGAUGAAGGAGGGAAAAGAUGAGGAGAAGAACAUGAGUCCUUUGUUUCCGAGGCUCAAUGUUAAUGAUACCGAGAAAAGAGGGCCAAGGGCACCCCCGAGGAACAAGAUGGCCCUAUAUGAACAAGUCAGUGUACCUUCUCAGAGGUUCAAUUCUUGGUUGGCAUCAACUUUGCCCCUCCCGCCUGAUAACACUAGCACUGUGGUUCCUUCAACGUCCACCGGUCAGGGUGGAGGCAAUGAACGGAGUGUUUUUCCCCCCCAUUACGUUCCUUCUCCCACACCUACUCAUUCGACUGAGAAGCUUCAUUCUUAUUCUUCCGAUGGCGUGAAUUUGAAUGCAUCAAUGGCAGUGUUUGAGCGGAAAUCCAUGAAAAAUGGAAAUUAUCGAACUUCUGAUGCUACGGGGAAUAUGCUGUCGACUCCUGAGUGCAAUUCAUUCCAACUGCCCAACUUCUCCAACUCUAAGAACUCUGGUCAAAGGAAGCUUGUUGAUGAGGACGAUGUAAAGGUUCCUACCUUUAUCCACCCAGAAGAUGCUUCUUGUUCUAAUAAGGAUCUGCCCAGGAUGGAGGGGGAAAGACUUGCUUCCUUCUGCCCCACUAACCAGGGUCGUUCCCCAAUGAACAGUCCGCUGAAACCUACGGCUACAACUAGCAAUUUGUUAAGACAACCUCAGAAUGUUGGCGAUAAGAACUCAAAAUGGUCCAGCACCACAGACAUGAGGUCAAGUCAACAAAUACAAAACCAGAGUGAGGAGAAUCUAGAAGGGUCUAUCAUGAGUAGGGAGUGCGCAGAAGUGCCUGCAUCGCACCAACUGACUAGAAAAAAGGUUGCCAAGCCCUUAACCUAUGCUGAUGGAUUUGAAAAUCUAGAACAUCAAAGUAGUCCACUGGAUGACAUUGGAAGAGUAUGUGAUACUGGUCGAUAUGUACAACAGGAAUAUAGAGCUGGCUUGGUCCGAGGCAACACUGCCUUUGGUGAUGAAAUUUCAGUCGAGCCUGUGGGGUUGGAAAAGGGAAAUAUCACUAGGGUGAGAAGUGAACCCUGUUCCAGAAUAUCACCUGGAAAUAGCCACAGAAAUCCUGAUCAGGAUGAAAAUGGGAGUGAUUACCAUGAAGAUAAUGCACAUGGGUCAUUACGAGUGGGAGAUGUGGAUAGAGAUGAUGAUGCCUCUGAGACCUCCAUGGUAGACUCUACAUUGGCAUUUGAGAUAUCCUCUGAUGAUGUUGUAGGAGUGAUUGGACAGACGCAUUUCUGGAAAGCAAGAAGAGCAAUUGUCAAUCAACAAAGGGUGUUUGCUGUUCAAGUGUUUGAGUUGCAUCGAUUAAUAAAGGUUCAGAGAUUGAUUGCUGGUUCGCCACAUCUGUUGCUUGAGAAUAACCAUUAUCUGGCCAAACUUUCUUUAAUGGUGUCUCCAACAAAGAAGCUGCCUUCUGAGCAUGUUCUGAAACCACCACAGCAGAAUGUUGAGCCAAAAGCUGAUUGUCAAAAGCCAAACUGUAGUACUGAAUGUGCUGAGAAUGCAGUUGGGGAGCCUACUGUUCCUUCUCUAGACAAUGAUAUCAACAGGGGAAUUGUUAGUCAACAUUCCAGCUUUGGGCCAUAUUCUAGAAAUCCACCAGUAGUACCUGUGGUUACUGAUAGUAUUAUGGGUCCUUGGUGUUUCCAUCCACCUCCAGGGAAUCAAUGGUUGGUUCCCUUUCUCUCUCCGUCUGAAGGUCUUGUCUACAAGCCAUAUACAGGGCCUUGUCCUCCUCCUCCUGGUUUCAUGGCACAAGUAUAUGGAGGCUGUGCGCCUCUAAGCCUACCUCCAGUGGCUGGAAAAUUCAUAAAUUCUGCAUAUGGAGUUCCAGCUACUCACCAAGGGAAAAGUAUUCUUCCUGGCACUCCUCCAGUUGGUCAGACCUACUUCCCGACGUAUGGUAUUCCAGUCAUGAGUUCAGUUAUGUCUGCCGCAGCUGUUGAACAGGCAAGCCUAGGUGCUUGGCUGCAUGGGCAAGCAGAACAGUUAACAGGGGAGGCCAACUUCAACAUGCACCAACAAAGAUCAGCUGUUGAUAGUGGUAUGUGGAAGUUUGAAAGAUCCAAAGAUAGUGAAUUACAAGGGAGUACGGCAAGCAGUCCAAGUGAGAGGGCACCAGGAGCAGGGCCAGGACAUGUAGAUGAAAGGGAUACUCUCCCGCUCUUUCCCAUGGCUCCAGCUGUGCAGAUUUCUGAUCGACAUCCCCAGGUUCACAGAAGCGACCAACAGAUCCGAGUGAUCAAGGUUGCACCAUACAACUCCAGAUCUGCAACUGAGUCGGUGGCACGGAUUUUCCGGUCCAUACAGAAAGAAAGGCAGCAAUAUGAUUCUGUUUAGUGCAUGAUCUGAUAUUUAUCUCCAGCCCAAAUCCCAUGACCCCAUGACUAAUCA